AUGCAUCUUACUUCGCUACUGGCACUCGCUGCGAGCGCCGUCAUGGUAGCAGCGGCGCCGACUUCCAACAUCGUAGUCAUGGAAGACGAGGUGGUUCUUUAUGGCAGCGGCCGUUAUCAGAUCAUGAAACGCUCCGAGUUCCAUGAAAAGUUCUCCGACUACUAUUUCAACCAGAGUAGUGUACCGGCACAAAUCGACACCAGAGGCAUCACCACGUACACCAGCGAGCAAAUUGAAGAGAUAGUUGUAAGGGAGACGAGUAACAAGAUCAAGCGUGAUAACGGAGACGUUGUCAUUAUGGGCCAGAAGACACGCUUUCUUGGCUGGGACGUACAAAUCAGUCCAAUUGUUAAGGGCGGGCCCAAUACGGGUACUUUUGUUGCUGUAGCAGCAGGCUACAGUAUCAGUAAUUCUAUUGCCAUUGGUGUGAGCGCCAAAUUGGGAUUGAUCGAAAAAGUCCUCAGUGUAAGUGCAAGUUUUCUGCGAACGUGGACAACGACAAACACUCAGGACCAAACACUAUCCUUCUUUGUGCCGCCUGGAAAAAUUGCUUGCUGGGUUAGUAACCCGUGGACCAACCGCCAAGAAGGUUGGGUCUGGACGGGUACUAUUGGACAACAGGGGUCACUAGAAUACUGGCGAGCAGACCAGUUCGAAUCCAAGCAGUACAACAACCUUGCAUGGGUGGAUGGUGUUAUGCAGACAUGCGUGGGCGACGAUUAUCCUCUGAAGAGAUGCAGUGGAGCAGGAUUUCUGGGGGCUUCGUAA